UGGAGAGAUCAGUGACUCUGUAACCUUGCAACUGCAUUUUGAUUGUUCCUUUAAACUCGUGGGCUUGUACUUUCCCCUCGGAUGGCUAGCUGAUUACUUCUGUGUAGUAGCUUACAAGUGAUUCGAAGUGUUGAAACUUUCUGAGUCUCAACGGACUAUUUCUCACACAACUCAGAUACUGCUGUUCAUGCAUGAAUUAGUUGAAAGCAUUGUAAUUGUACCUGUGAGUUGGCAAGAAGCAAGUGCUCUCCCUUGAUUCUGCUGCACGAGGAGGAGGAGAAUGGGCUGUGAUCAGAACUGUGGGCUCAUUGCCGGAGCCGUUAUUGGUGCUGUCCUGGCUGUGUUUGGAGGCAUUCUCAUGCCGGUUGGAGACCUGCUCAUUGAGAAGACAAUCAAAAGGGAAGUUGUCCUUGAAGAAGGAACCAUUGCUUUCAAAAACUGGGUGAAAACGGGCACCACUGUGUACAGACAGUUUUGGAUCUUUGACGUGCAAAACCCAGAUGAAGUGGCAAAGAAUAGCAGCAAGAUCAAGGUUAAACAGAGAGGUCCUUACACAUACAGAGUUCGUUAUUUAGCCAAGGAAAAUAUAACUCAGGACCCCAAGGACAGCACUGUCUCUUUUGUACAACCCAAUGGAGCCAUCUUUGAGCCUUCACUGUCUGUUGGAACAGAGAAUGACAACUUCACAGUUCUCAAUCUGGCUGUGGCAGCUGCACCACAUAUCUACCAAAACUCAUUUAUUCAAGGAGUGCUCAACACCCUUAUCAAAAAGUCCAAGUCUUCUAUGUUCCAAACACGAAGUUUGAAGGAACUUUUGUGGGGUUACAAAGAUCCAUUCUUGAAUUUGGUUCCAUAUCCUAUAAGCACCACAGUUGGUGUGUUUUAUCCUUACAAUAACACUGUAGAUGGAGUUUAUAAAGUUUUCAAUGGAAAGGAUAACAUAAGCAAGGUUGCCAUAAUUGAUACCUAUAAAGGGAAAAGGAAUUUGUCCUAUUGGGAUAGUUAUUGCGACAUGAUUAAUGGCACAGAUGCAGCCUCCUUUCCACCUUUUGUUGAGAAGUCUCGAAUACUGAGGUUUUUUUCCUCUGACAUUUGCAGGUCCAUCUAUGCUGUGUUUGGAUCUGAAGUGAACCUUAAAGGAAUCCCCGUGUACAGAUUUGUUCUUCCAGCCAACGCCUUUGCCUCCCCACUCCAGAACCCAGACAACCACUGUUUCUGCACUGAAAAAGUAAUCUCAAAUAACUGUACAUCUUAUGGUGUGCUGGACAUUGGCAAGUGCAAAGAAGGAAAGCCUGUGUACAUUUCUCUUCCACAUUUCCUACAUGCAAGUCCUGAUGUCUCAGAACCUAUUGAAGGCUUGAAUCCUAACGAAGAUGAACAUAGGACAUACUUGGAUGUGGAACCCAUAACUGGAUUCACUCUACAGUUUGCAAAACGACUGCAGGUCAACAUACUGGUCAAGCCAGCUAGAAAAAUAGAAGCACUGAAGAAUCUGAAGAGACCUUACAUUGUACCUAUACUGUGGCUAAAUGAGACUGGGACCAUCGGCGAUGAGAAAGCUGAAAUGUUCAGAAACCAAGUGACCGGGAAAAUAAAGCUCCUGGGCCUGGUUGAGAUGGUCUUACUUGGUGUCGGAGUAGUGAUGUUUGUUGCUUUUAUGAUUUCAUACUGUGCUUGCAGAUCUAAGAAUGGAAAAUAAGUAGUGGAUGAGCCUACAUUAUGCACUAGCUACAUCUUUGGUAAAACCAAUCUCCUAAACGAAGACUUAAUACAUGCUUGUUUUUAUAAAACACACCUAUCUAUAGUUGAAGAAAUGGUGGUGUGCGUGCUCUCUCUCUCUUAUUGCAGAUAUAUAUUUAUUUAUAUAUUGCAAUAAGCCACAGCAUAUUUCGAAAAGAUUAAUAUGUCACUAAGCAUAUAUUUUUUAAUAAAAUCUUGUAUUUGUUAAGUCCAUCAUCUGCAACUGAGUGGACUUCAAUUUCUGCAGAACCAAUCAUUUUUUUGGUUCUAAUUUACUGAUUUUUUUUUCCUGUUGGCAAAUUUCAAGAAUGUAUAUUCCUAGAAACGUUUUGUUCCUCAUCGAAGUAAACUGUUAUCAUGUCUGGGGUGGCACUUUAAUUUAUAGCAAAUGUUCCUUGUGACUGUCAGCACAUGAUAUGUCAUAAGUAUUAUAUCAUUUUAAAGUUAAGGAUGAAAAAUGAACAAUUCACAUAUGAACCAUUGCUAAUAUAUUGUUUAAGCCUCUACUUCUCUUGUGUCCUUGGCAACAAGAAGGCCAGGUAUCACAGCUACUUUUUUUUCUUUUUACUUUCUUACACAGAGCUUAUAUGUUCUGUUCCUCGCCAUGAAAUGAACUAUUUUUAGCACAUUUUAGCCCUUUAUAUUUUAAGUAUGUUGUCAUGUUCCAUGCUGCCUAGCUCUUUUAAUAUCUGAGUAGGUAUUUCUCUUUCUGCUCAGCCGCAACUAAUGUAACUUCAGAGAGCUGUUAUAGUGUUAAAAGAUGUAAUUUAUAAUAAAUGGAUUAUGAUAUAGAAUCUUACAAAAGCUAGAAUUGGCUUUAAAUAUAUAUUUGUGGUAAUAUAUUCUGCUUUUAUAAUCACCCAGAAAGAACUGGUUUCUAACAUUAAAGAUGUUCUUAAAUUCAAA